CUCAUCCGAGAGCAUGGCAAGCUAACAGGCAUACUAACCGCAACAUGUUGAUGGAAGUUCAAGGAUAAAGACAUUGGAGUUAAUUAUUUCCAAACUUAAAGACAAGGUUGAGAAGCUUAAAGGAGAGAAGAUUGUCCAGACUGCAAAUAGCUCCAUGGCUCUCAUCCGAGAGCAUGGCAAGCUAACCGGCAUACUAACUAGGGCUUUAUGCUAUCAACAUUGGGGAGGCUUCGUCUCCAAUACCAAGGGUGCCGUUGGGAACACUCAAGUGGCGCCGCUGAGAAUCGAACUCAGGACCUCCCACAUCCAAAGCUCAAUUGGUAUAGUGGUUUCACAACUAGGCUAUGUUACCUUUGGCGAUGUACCUAUUUACAUAUUAUGUAUUUAUGUUCCUCUUGAGGAAUUUUUAUUUUCUUUUCUAUGUAAAAGCCUUCUUAAUUAAAUUGAUAAAUUCCGAAUCCGUUUUUCACAAAAAGGUUUGAAGCCUUCUAUUGCACAGUCUUAUAUAUUUUAGUUUCAAUAUUUUGAUAGAUACACAUCAUGUAAAAAUGAGAGUUCAUAAAUCAUAUUCCGAUUCCAAAUAUAUCUUUCUAGUGGACAUCAUUGCUCGUAAAAGUGCAAAAAGGGAGAUUGAUUACGAAAGCCACUGUGAAUAAGUAUAUGUAAACAUGCUUAUAAAAAAAAUCAAAAUGAAAAAAAUGUUAAGCAACCCAUUUGUGAGUUCAUUGAAAAGGAUAAGCACAAGGGGCAACUUGAUAGUAAUGAUCAAGUUAAGCUAUCAGGAAGACAUGUCAUCCCAUUUCUUGGCAAGCUGAGACAAAAGCAAUAUUCUAGGUGUAAGCAUAUUUUAUCACAUUCCAUUAAGUCAGGAGAUGUUGCAAUGAUGGUUACCAAAAACACUUCUCAAUGUUGGGAUGGUGACCACAGACCAAAAUCCAAAGCCAAAAAAAUUGGCUUACCUCGUUGUGAUCCUUUACAUGACAAUUUUUCAAAGUCUCCAGCAAGAGGGAAAGUUAGUAAACCGAAGUUUGGACAGGGGGGAUGUUAUCUACCAACAAAGAAGGAAUGGGGGCAUAUCACAGAACUUGUAGAAAGUUCAACUCCAACUACAAAAGUUGGAUUGGAGGGCAUGUCAAACAAUUUGCAUUAUGAUCAAGCCAAUCAUGGCUUGCAUAAAUUUAAGAGUGUAAAAAAUAAUGGACAAUGUUGUAAGAUGUCAACCAAAAAUGGCGGACCUAGUUGCAUGCAUAAAAAGGCUCAAUAUGAACCAAUAAGGUAUGGUAAAGCAAAGGAUCAAAAGUGGUUGUGUGCUAAGUGUAAGAGUCAACAAGAAUUUGGGGUUUGGAAACAAAGGCAAGUCAGCCAUGUAGGUGGCAAUGGGCCUGUAAAGUCUAAGCACCCAUCUUAUCGAACUAAUGUGAAGAGUAAACAUGAAGCGAUUUGGAGGAAACCAAGGCAAAGAGGUGCUUGUUUUGUCUCUUCUAAUCCAAAAUAAUUGGGAAUGCAUGGUGUACCUCAUAGAGCAACUCACAACCACAAGGGUCGACGACAACAACCAGAUGAAAUGAUUGACGUAACUCGAGUAGAUAAUCAAGAGGCCACAAGCAAGGGUGUAAGAAAACAUGUUGGGAAAUUGCAACCUAACAUUAAGAUGGAGUAUGCCACUCUAGUAUGUACAUCUCCUUUGAGAGGAGGAAGCCACCUGAUGUAUGGAUGGCUUGUGUGGUUUGAUGUAUGGAGUUGGCAAUGGGUGUGUGCCUUUGGAUUCUUAGUUACUGCUAAGGGCUAUGGCGAGUGGUGAUACUUACCAGCUCGCCAUAAAAUAUAAAUAAAAUAAUCAAUUAAAUAAAUAAAGUAGUGAACAAGCCAUCCAAGCUGGUUUUUGAAUUGUGUGAAUCAAGUAGAAAGACAUCAUCCCAGUUGAUGAAUGAGAGCAUCAAUUUAAAGAGGAAAAAAAUAGUGGUGUCCUUAUAGUAGUGAGUUUCUUUUUGUUAAUAGGAUAUGGGUUAAGAAUAGGAGAAAGUAUUACUAAGGCCACAUUUUUUGUGGCCUGGCUAUCAAGGGAUUAAUUAAUUUGCUAGGCUUUCUCAUAGACGAAUAAAAAAUUGGUGUAUGUGGCCGAGUAAGAAUUGGAAGUGACAUAAAUUACUGUCAUGUGUGACUUGGCCAUGAAGGAAGGGGACUCCUUAUGUGAUGGGGUGUCGUGCAAGCCACUGGGUGAUUCGUGUGGUUUGAUACCUAAAGCAGUUGAUGUCAACAGCUUAGUUCAUAAUUUCUUAUGAACUAAGUUGUGGGGGGCAUUUGUUUACACCAAAAUAAAUUUAUUAAAUAUCACAUGUAGUAUUUAUGAAUAAUUGGGACACCUUAAGUAGUUGGCCCGUAUAUGGACCCGGUGGUCCGAAUUGGAUGGUUGGGCCAUCUGUCUGCCGGGUAGUAACUUGUCGUAAGGUAGUCAUCCAAGAUGGUGACUAUACCAACUACAAAAUUGUUACCAUCCAUCCGUCAUAAUGGAUACCAAUCCAAACCCUAUUAUGGAUGUUACUGUCCAACAUUAUGGAUAUCAUCCAAAUCCUAUGGAUGGUUGUAUUUCCAACAUGAAGGAUACCAUUCAAAUCCUAUUAUGGAUGAUAGUGUCCAACAACAUGGAUACCAUCCAAACCCUACGAUGGAUGGUACCAUCCAAGAUCAAGGAUACCAUCCAAAUGACUAAUUGGAUAGUAACCAUCCCCACAUAGUAGACACCAUCCAAACUUUAAGUGGAUGGUGACCAUACCACGGUUACCAUCCCAACCCUAUGGUGAAUGGUACCAUCCCAAAUAUCAUAACACCAUCCAAAGGACUUAUUGGAUGGUGACCAUUAGAUAUCAUGAAUACCAUCCAAAGUACUGUCUGGAUGUAGGAAUGAGAAUGGGGCAAGUUCGGGGCGGAUUUUUUUAUACCCAGACCCGCCUCGUGGUAGGUCGGAUCCAGAUCGGGUAAUUUAUCACGGUUCCUCUGAGCAACUUGAUCAUCCAAAUUGAAGUUGGUAGGGCGUUCGAUCAACUUCAUCAACUUGAUUAUCUCAACCUCCUUAUCAACUUCAUCAACUUCAUGUGAUCCACGGCCAAUUACCACUUCUAAUUACCAACUUGAAUAUAAAAUAUUUUUUAUUUUUAUUUUUGUGAGACCGUUUAAAUGACUUGUUAGAACUUCUUGCUCUUUGUGAUAUGGAUUUUAAAUUAUUGAUGGCUAGUGAUAGGUUUUAUCAUAAAUUAGUGUAAUAUAUGUCUUCAAUGUUAUAUAUAUGUGAUCUAUUCUAUCAACAAUUAACAAGUUAUAAAUAAUUUUAUAACGAUUAACCACUAAACCAUAAAUAUAGCUAACUUUUUUGGGAAAUAUAACAUUUCGAAAACUUAGCUCAUGACUAUGUGGGACUGUGCAUUAAACUAGAUAUAGAUAAACGGGGUAAUGGCUGCAAUCGAGUUCAGUGAUUGUAUGCAAAGUAUAGAUAAACGGGGUAAUGGCUG